GCGCUCCGGGUAUCUCCAACGGAUCAUCUCUUGCUAAUCAGCCGGCCGGCGGGAUAAUGCCACAGCGGCCCAAGUAAUGCGAGAAAAAUUGCUAGAUAUGAGACCGCUCUGGAUUCCCCUCUGUCUUCUGGUAUAUCUGUGGUCAAGCGCAGAGGGACAAGUCUUCGCAGGCAGUUGCUCAUUUGAUGAGUAUUACAGCAGCUGUGGAUACAUUCUGGCUCUUGGGACCAAUGGAUUCACCUGGGAGCAAAUUAACACAUGGGAAAAGCCAACCACAGACCCAUCUGUGCCAACAGGAUCCUUUAUGAUGGUGAACAGCUCUGGACGGAUCUCAGGACAGAAGGCUCAUCUAUUAUUGCCUAUAUUAAAAGAGAAUGACACACACUGCAUUGACUUCCACUAUUAUCUGUCAAGCAAAGACAGAUCAAGUCCUGGUGCUUUAAAUGUCUAUGUGAAAGUUAAUGGUGGACCUCAAGGAAACCCUAUCUGGAAUGUGUCUGGGAUAGUUACUGAAGGAUGGAUUAAGACAGAACUGGCUAUCAGCACAUUUUGGCCAAACUUCUAUCAGGUUAUUUUUGAAUCUGUUGCUUCAAAGGGUCAUCCUGGAUACAUUGCAAUAGAUGAAGUUAGAGUACUCGCUCAUCCUUGCAGGAAAGCCCCUCAUUUCCUUCGGCUACAGAACGUGGAGGUGAACGCAGGACAAAAUGCCACAUUUCAGUGUAUCGCAGGUGGGAAGUGGUCCCAGCAUGACAAGUUAUGGUUGCAGCAAUGGAAUGGAAAGGAUACAGCAUUGAUGGUGACAAGGGUGGUUAACCACAGGCGUUUUUCUGCCACUGUCAGUGUGGCAGAUACAUCACAGAAGACUACAAGCAAAUAUAGAUGUGUGAUCCGCUCAGAAGGAGGCUCAGGAGUGUCCAACUAUGCAGAACUAAUUGUGAAAGAUCCACCCACACCCAUUGCUCCACCUGAGCUUUUGGCUGUUGGUGCUACUUACUUAUGGAUCAAACCCAAUGCAAAUUCCAUAAUAGGAGAUGGUCCUAUCAUCCUGAAAGAAGUCGAGUACCGGACCACUACAGGAAAUUGGGCUGAAACGCACAUUGUGGAUUCUCCAACCUACAAAUUAUGGCAUCUUGAUCCGGAUGUAGAAUAUGAAAUUCGAGUGCUACUGACACGACCGGGGGAUGGUGGGACAGGACCUCCAGGUCCCCCUCUUACAACAAGAACCAAAUGUGCAGAUCCAGUGCAUGGACCUCAGAAUGUCGAAGUUGUGGAUGUUCGAUCACGACAGUUGACUAUUCAUUGGGAGCCAUUUGGUUAUGCAGUCACUCGUUGCCAUAGCUAUAACUUGACUGUUCAGUAUCAGUAUGUUCUUGGUCACCGGGAAUACAAAGCCGAAGAACUGAUGCAGACGUCAUCACACUAUACACUGCGAGGGUUACAUCCAUACACCACAGUGAAACUCCGGCUGGUACUACUCAAUCCAGAAGGAAGGAAAGAAAGUGACGAGAUAGUUAUCCAAACUGAAGAAGAUGUGCCUGAUCUGGUGCCCUUGGAAUCAAUUCAAGGAGGUCCAUUUGAGGAGAAGAUAUAUCUACAGUGGAAACCACCAAAUGAAACUAAUGGAAUAAUUACCCUCUAUGAGAUAACCUACAAAGCUGCGGGUUCCUUUGACCCUAAUGUGGAACUAUCCAGCCAAAGGGGGAGAGUGUUCAAACAACGAAAUGAGACACACCACUUGUUUGUCGGACUUUACCCAGGAACAACAUAUUCGUUCACAAUAAGAGCAAGCACGGUGAAAGGAUUUGGGUUGCCAGUUACCACCCGAAUUACUACAAAAAUUUCAGCCCCCUCAAUGCCAUUGUACGAUACAGAUGCGCCUCUGAAUGAGUCGGACACAACUAUCACAGUCCUGUUGAAGCCAGCUCUAUCAAGAGGAGCUCCAAUCAGUGCCUAUCAACUAGUCGUUAAGGAAGAACACUUACAAAAGGCCAGGAGAGCAGCAGAUAUGAUUGACUGUUUUCCUGUCCCAGUCAGCUACAAGAAUGCUUCUGUAUUUGAUUCACUGCAUUAUACAGCUGCAGAGCUGAGACCUGUGAACCUUCCUAUGACUCAGCCAUUUACUGUUGGAGAUAACAAAACAUACAAUGGCUAUUGGAAUCCGCCAUUGUCCCCACUGAAAAGCUACAGCAUAUAUUUUCAAGCACUCAGCCAAGCUAAUGGGGAGACCAAAAUCAGCUGUUUAAGACUGGCAACUAAAGGUAGGAUACAGAUAACUACACCAUACAUACUUGUCAUCCCAAGUGCAGGUGAUUAUCUACUGUCAAGUGCCUCAACGCAGAACUCCAAUACAGUGGAGCCAGAAAAACAAGUAGAUAACACAGUGAAAAUGGCUGGAGUUAUUGCAGGAAUCUUAAUGUUCAUCAUCAUCAUGCUGGGAGUGAUGCUGAUAGUUAAAAAACGGAGGAGUGCUUAUUCCUACUCAUAUUACCUGAAACUGGCAAAGAAGCAGAAAGAGACACAGAACAGCACCCAGCGAGAGAUGGAACCUGUGGUAACAACAACAGACAAGAGUUGUAACAAACACAGAUCAGUUCCAAGAGAUGAUGCAUUAUCAACAGACCAAGAGGCACCCAAUGCCGUAAUAGACAGCAACCAUGAGGAUAUCACUCAGCCAGCUAGAGUCGUUCAAACCCAUUCCUACAGAAAUUGUGAGCCUGUUGAAAUGUCGUAUCAAACUGGACACCUUCAACCUGCUAUAAGAGUAGCAGAUCUACUGCAGCACAUCACACAGAUGAAAUGUGGCAAGGGCUAUGGCUUUAAGGAAGAAUAUGAGAGUUUGUCAGAAGGACAGUCAGCAGCUUGGGACACUGCCAAGAAAGAGGAAAAUCGCUCCAAGAACAGAUAUGGGAACAUCAUUGCUUAUGAUCAUUCUCGAGUACGACUUCAGUUAUUAGAUGGCGAUCCCCAUUCAGAUUAUAUAAAUGCCAACUACAUUGAUGGUUACCACAGACCACGCCACUACAUAGCUACUCAAGGUCCGAUGCAGGAGACAGUUAAAGAUUUUUGGAGAAUGAUUUGGCAGGAGAAUUCAUCCAGUAUCGUCAUGGUAACUAAUCUGGUGGAAGUGGGAAGGGUGAAAUGCUGCAGAUAUUGGCCAGAUGAUACUGAGCUGUAUGGAGACAUUAAAGUGACACUUGUGGAGACAGAGCCAUUAGCAGAGUAUGUUAUACGGACUUUCACAGUUCAAAAGAAAGGUAAUCAUGAAAUUCGAGAGAUUAGACAGUUCCAUUUUACCAGCUGGCCUGAUCAUGGAGUACCCUGCUAUGCGACGGGGUUAUUGGGAUUUGUAAGACAAGUAAAGUUCCUGAACCCAGCUGAUGUUGGUCCUGUUAUAGUACAUUGCAGUGCUGGAGCAGGGAGGACUGGCUGCUUUAUUGCCAUUGACAUCAUGCUUGAUAUGGCAGAAAGUGAAGGUGUCGUGGACGUUUACAAUUGUGUCAGAGAGCUUCGUUCACAGAGGGUCAACAUGGUACAGACAGAGGAACAGUAUGUCUUUGUUCAUGAUGCAAUUUUGGAGGCAUGCUUAUGUGGAAACACAACUAUACCAGUCUGUGAAUUCAGAGCAAUGUUUUAUAACAUCAGCAAAGUGGACCCACAAACCAACUCCAGUCAAAUCAAAGAUGAGUUCCAGACAUUAAAUAUUGUAACACCUCGUGUGCGUGCUGAGGAUUGCAGUGUUGGUCUAUUACCACGCAAUCACGACAAGAACCGUAAUAUGGAAGUCCUCCCACCAGAUAGAUGCCUCCCAUUCCUUAUUUCUGUUGAUGGUGAAACUAAUAACUACAUAAAUGCUGCACUCAUGGACAGCCACAAGCAGCCUGCGGCCUUUAUUGUCACACAGCACCCUUUACCAAAUACUGUGACAGAUUUCUGGAGACUAGUGUUUGAUUACCAUUGUUCAGCCAUUGUAAUGUUGAAUGAACUUGAUGCUGCACAGCUCUGCAUUCAAUACUGGCCAGAGAAAAGUCUGUGUUGCUAUGGUCCCAUCCAAGUGGAAUUCAUUUCAGCAGACUUUGAAGAAGAUAUCAUUGUUCGGGUUUUUCGGAUCUACAAUAUGGCACGACCUCAGGAUGGAUACCGUAUUGUGCAGCAGUUCCAGUUUAUUGGCUGGCCAUUGUACAGGGACACGCCAGUGUCAAAGCGCUCCUUUUUGAAACUAAUAAGGCGUCUGGAGAAAUGGCAAGAGGAGUAUGAUGGGGGUGAUGGUCGCACUGUGGUGCACUGCUUCAAUGGUGGUGGGCGAAGUGGAACACUUUGUGUAGUUCGUAGUAUCUGUGAGAUGAUUCAUCAACAGAAUAUAAUAGAUGUUUUUCACACAGUCAAAACGCUACGAAACAACAAAUCCAAUAUGGUAGAUACACUGGAGCAAUACAAAUUCUGCUAUGACGUGGCACUGGAGUAUUUGAAUUCAUUUUGA